AAUCGCUACAGUACGUAGUAUUCAAAUUCAAGCUAGCUUAGCCAUCCAGCCAGGCAUCAGAAUAAGUCGAGUUAUUGUGCAGAUACAUGCCGAUCUUUGAUAUCCGGCUUAUGGGCAAUAUGCCCGCCAAUACCGCUGGUCUGUGGAAGCGUGUCACCUUCCUGCUGGCCCUACCGGCCAUCGUCCUGUGCGCCGCAAACGCCUUCACCGGACACAAGCACGUGGAGCGGGAGCCGUUCGCCAAGUACGAGUACCUGAGGCGGCGGACCAAACGAUUCCCAUGGGGAGAUGGCAAUCGCAGUUUGUUUCACAAUGCCGAGGUGAAUGCCCUGCCCGAGGGCUACGAGGAUGAGGUGGCUGAGGAGGAUUAAAAGCGCCUAUUAUUUUACUCUUUAACUUAGCUUACUACGAACUGAUGGUAAGAAGUUCCCACUAAAUGGAAUGCCACCUAGAUUUUUGGAUAAACUUUAUGAUGACCAACUGCGAUCGUUUGCCGAUUCCUUGUCCGUAAUAAAUUAAUCAUUGAGAUCUGAGUCAGUU